GUUUGAUAAACUCCAAGAAAAACAUGUGAAGAAUCACCCACCAACUGACACACACGACACCUGGUCCUCCUGCAUCUCUCGGACAGCUGCGUGCCACACACUCUCUCAUCCUACCACGUCUGCUCCCUACCAGCUUACGUUCCCCACCUACGCAUGCCGAGUCCUCAAAGUCCACAGCGUCCGUUCCUCGUCAUGCUCAACAUCUCGUCUUUGCAGUCUUUUUCUCUCUAGUACUCUUGACAUCAGCCGCCUGCGCCUGAGAGCCUUACAAAGGACAGCCAGAUACACGGGGCACACCAUUCUGUGUCAAGCAGAACGAGAGCACUACACGCCUAGCACUUUAUAUUCACUCAGCCCUCGUGCUCCCAGUAGAUUCCAACAUGGAGAUGCCACUGCAUCGCCCUAUCCCUCGGCGGACUUUCGACAUCACGCCUGCCUCAACCGACUCCUCUCUCCCUCCGUCCCCAGCCCCUGAAGUGACGAAUCCGGAACUUUUGGGCAGCCAGAAAGACAUGACCCCGAGUAGAACUCGGUCCAUUCUCAACCUCACCUCGUCCACCUUGUUUGGCAUAUACUCACCAGUCGGCACCGAUUCAAAAGAGGAAUCUUCAACACCAUGGGGCACAGGUGCACAAACACCGAGCCACCGGCGUAGCAUCGAUGAUUACAUACCCUCAAAUAGCCCCUUGGGUUGGGACGAGCCAACUCAAAUGACCAAGCCCAAAGUCCAAAGACAUGGAUUUCGUGGAUACUGGCUUCCGUUGGUUGUGCAGACAGGCCUUUUAUUUGCAUUCGGCGUGGGAUACGGCUCUAUUGUCACACACCUACAUCGAACCCAACGAAUCAAAACCAUCCCCUUAGUUGAUGUCGAGCGCGAUUCUCUUUACUAUCAAUUAUCGUGGGGUGUAUUCGGCAUCCUGCUUGGACAUGCAUUACCAGCGGUCGACGCGUUGUGGGAAAAUUCCAUUUCUCCCGCCUUGUCCGAUGAGCAAGUCCCGUCGAAAUCUCGAUCGGCCAAACCCAAAGCUGCCAAUGCAUCUGGGGCUGAAUCCGGAUCUUCUUUUGACAGCAAUACCGGACCAAUCUGGUACUCUGCCGUUCGAAGUAUAGGUGCUUUUGUAGGAAUUGCCUUUGCAGUGCGACGACUUCCAUGGCAGUCAACACUUCAGGUGGCAUUGACUUUGGCUCUAGCUAACCCUGUCCUGUGGUAUAUUAUCGAUCGAUCUCUACCAGGCUUUGCAUUCUCCGCUGUCGUCAGCAUAGUCGGCACGGUGGUUCUGCUUCUAGUCGACCCCAACUUUGUACCACUGCCCGCAAUCCAUCAGUCCGCGGCUUCUGAACAGAUUGGUGUGUACACUUGGCUCGCUAGCAUUCUCUUCUGCACCAGCAUAUGCUUUGGAGCCAUUGGAAGACGUCUCCAGCUGUAGAUAGCCAUCCCAAAAGAUCAAAAUGAGAAGGGUCAAAAGCCUCGGUUAGUUCCUAUCCAAGUAGGGUCUUCAAGAUAUGCCUUGUAGAGAUUGUUGGGCCAUGAAGCCGGAGGGGCCUUUGCGGGGUUUUGGAGAGCUUGCUCAACUACAGCAUCGCCCAGGAUUUUCUCAAUGUUCAAUCGUGCAAGUUUGGUCUCAAUCUCCUUGCCAUACUCGACGGCGGCAUAUGAUUCGCGAGAAAGUGGACGAAAAUCAAUCAAGACACCCAGUCGGACCAGCCUAGCCAGCGGCGUGAUCCUCUCAGCGAUGUGGGGGGAAGUGUGCAGGGCAAUGGCAGUCCAAACUUGACGAGCGUCGACAGCCGAAACUCCAUGUUUAGUCAGAAUGCUCACAGUGGCAUCUGCACCUUCGACCUCGAAGCGCUCAGAAGUGUUACUGUGCUGUCUGCAUGCUCCAAGGUCAUGACCAAUAGCUGCGGCAAAAAGCAGGUCACUGUCGGCCAAGGGGUCGUGCUCCUUAUCUGCCAGCCAUUUGGCAAACAGAUAGACUCGUAAGCUGUGGUGAACGAUGGCCAGCGGCAGCACCGACAGCACAUGGUCCAAUAACGCUGUGCUUGGGCCAGACUGGGGGCACAGUCGCUUGAGAGCAUCAACCUCUGCAGAUGGUAUCAGGGAGGUUUCAGGUCCGGCGGCAGAUGGAGCGGUUGUCUCGCUUGGAGGACACAUUUUAGGCUGUUCGCGCAGACCACUCCUUGCAGGAGCUUAGUUAGUUUGGUUCCAGGGAUGGGAUGGGCACGCGACAAGUGAGUGGUUCGAGCCUCGAAGCCUGCCGACGUGUUUGAAAUUGAUAUCAAUAAUACUGGAGUGAUCAACGUCGACUUGCUGACUGGCAC